AUGGCUUCUCUUCUCAAGUCCGCCGCCCGACCUACGACCUUACGAGCCGUUGGCGCAUCGAACGGCUUGCGUGCUAUCACUACUGCAGACCGAACAUUCAUCCGGACCAAGGCUACAUUGCCUGACCUAAAAUAUGACUAUGGCGCCCUCGAGCCCGCCAUUUCCGGUCAGAUUAUGGAACUCCACCACAGCAAACACCAUCAGACAUACGUAAAUUCGUACAACGAUGCCGCAGACAAGUAUGCCGCCGCCGAAGCAAAGGACGAUAUUGCUACCAAAAUAUCUCUACAACCACUCAUCAACUUCCACGGCGGAGGCCACACCAACCACAGUCUUUUCUGGGAGAACCUGGCACCGAAGAACCAGGGCGGUGGCGAGCCUCCUUCUGGGGCACUGUCGAAAGCCAUCGAUGCGACGUUCGGCGGUCUGGAGCCGUUCAAGAAGCAGUUCAACACAGCACUAGCCGGCAUCCAGGGCAGCGGAUGGGCGUGGCUUGUCAAGGACAACACUACUGGCCAGGUCGGCAUCAAGACUUAUGCAAACCAGGAUCCCGUAGUGGGACAAUACAAGCCAUUGCUGGGCGUUGAUGCUUGGGAGCAUGCUUACUACCUCCAGUACCAGAACAAGAAAGCCGAGUACUUCGCGGCCAUCUGGGACGUCAUCAACUGGAAGGCGGCCGAGAAGCGUUUCGGCGCUUAA